GGCAAUAAGCGGCGUCCAAUAGCUUGCAGUGAGCCUGAGUGAAAGAGAUUAUUCAACUGCGUCAACGCUAAUUGUUAUUUUUUUUAAAGUAUUUGGAAAACGAGAGCUAUGUCUGACUACUACGUUGACGAAUACGAACAUUUUAACUACGAUUACGACAAGCAUAUUUUUACCGGACACAGUGGAAAACAACGAAGCAAACGCGAGGCUCUUACGCAUACUAAUCAUUUCGAUCCCUGCGGCCAUUCCAGAAAGAUACUCACUAAAUUGAUGAAUUCUGAGCACAACAAACGUAAUGCUGGAAAGACCAAAGCAUAAAGAGAACUCGGAGAUUGCUGUGUCUUAUUUUUGGAGAAAGUAUCUGUCAAUUCCAAUAGAUUGAAGAUUUCUUGAAUAUCGUUAGAUAUAAUAAACAAUUCUUUUAAUUUCCUUUAUUUUUAAUAAUGCAGUUAGUCACUAAACAUCAAUUCUCACUUAAAAUAAGAUAAUUAGUACUUAGUAUAAAUACUAUUAUAUAUAUCUUAUAAUCAUUACUGUUGUAAUUUAUAGAGGAUAUAUAAUUAUCUCUUAGAAUACUCUUGAUCCAGAAGAACUAACUGAAUCUAGAGAUUUUGUGACAUUUGAGGAAAUAUUUCUAUUGAAUUCACGCACAGUAUACACAUUUUUUAGAUACUGAGCAUCUAGUUAUAAAUGUUUCAUUUAAUUACUAUCGAAACAUAAUUGCUCAAUUUAGAAAUUCUAUAAUCACUUGAAAAAAUUGCAUUUGUUUUUUGAAAUACUGUAAGAAACAUUUUUGUUACAUUCAAAACUAAUUUUGAGUUCAUUAGAAAGUUGAAAGUAUUAGAUAAAAAAAAAAAAAAAUUGUAUAAUUUUGAUGAACAAUAAAAUUUAUAAUUAUUAAAAAGU